GAAAAUGAGGUGAUAACGAUAUUCAUGGAGUGAGGAGAGCUGGAGAACGUGUGUCAAACCAGAAAAAAUAAAUACAUGCUGGAAUAAAUACACAUUGUUUUUAUUGAGAUAGAUUACCCCGCUGCUUUCUCGAUUGUUCGAAAAAAGAAACUCCUUCCGUUUCUUCAGACUAUGUGCUCCAUUUAUAGGAAAAGUGAAUGAGAAGAAGCAGUAGGGUACUGGAUAUCAACUAAGAAGAGACGGAAAAGAUAAAUAUGGAAUGUUUACACGUGUAACCCGUCCUUGGGCGCCGCGGAACAGGACCAUGUGCAUGCUGCUCAUUGGUCUGUGGCCCACAGGUUGGACAAACCUGUUUUAAAAGGUGUUAAAAGUAACGACUGAAGACUUAUCAAGAGUCUGACCACUGUCAUAAAGCUGCAAUCAUGGUGCCUAAAGCACAAAAGAAAGGAGUUACCUUUGCAUCUAAAGACAUACAUAGCAAUAUGGAAGUCAAGAGUAAGAAUAUCAAGAAAACUGUGAAUAAGAAAGUAAAAAAGGGCAUUUUAAAAAAUGGAUUAUCCAAAAAGAAUGGAUUUGCUGUAAGUGAAGUGACUAAGGGAAAAGGCAAGAAACACCACAAGAAAUAUGAUGAUAUAGAGGAUGCAGCAGAAAGUGUGGAUAGUUUGGAUAGUGGUUUUGUUGCAGACAAUAAUUCUGAUACUUCUCUAUCAUCUGCAAAUUGGAUGAAG